AUGCAGGUGUUGAACAUGUUCCAGGUGCUGCAGGCGUAUGUGGCCGUUUACGCCGCCUUUCAGGGCAGGCACAACUCACUAGACGACCAAAUCGUCAGCGAUGACUUUGGCCUCUGUACUUCUGCGCCUCUGCACCAGCAUCUGCACCUCUUCCGUCAGCAUCCUACCCAGACUAUUCACACCCCCUCCCCUCCUCUCCCGUCGACUCGAGCCAACGGCUUGGUCCACCGAUGCAUCGUGAGCAUUCUACUUCGGUGUCCAUAUCCCGACGAAUGA